UAUACUAUUGAUAUUUGAUUUAAUCAGUACUUUUGCAAUCUAAUCGUUAGACAUGUCUCCAGGUUUGGGUCAGGACGUGGAGGUAGCAUCCUGCUCUGCCAGAAGCCCUCAGAAUAAUGGACAUCUUCAACCACCUAUAACUGGAAAGCAAGAAAAGGAGGACAGUCCAAACCCUUCACCAACCAUGAACCCAGAAGCUGGGCAAAGGGAGAGUAAAGCUCAGCACGCCCUGCGCCGCUUCUUUUCAGCUGUGGGUCUGAGUUCAGCAGGACGGCUUGGUAAGAGUCACUCCAGCAGCAUGGAACAUCUCGGCCCACCACUCAAACCCAGAACGAAAUCCUCAGAAACCCCAGGAUCCUCACAGGCACUAAAGAAAGCACCUUCGCUCCAGAACCUACGUCUGGGGUCUCCCUUUUCUCAUCUGAGGAAAUCCUCCUCAGUCCAGAAUCUCCAUUCUUCUAAGAAGAAGCUGGAGCGCUCCACUGUAUAUGCACCAGGGGAACUGCUCUGUAGCCCCGCCCUCUCCAGGGGUUUGCAGCGUGCACUGAGCGUAGAGGACGUGGGCAGCCCCAGUUCUAUGCGUUCAGUGGGUAGAGUCGCUCAGGCGUUUCCUGAUGGGACAAUACUGUUAGAGCUGAACCGACCUCCAGACAGACCCUUCGGCUUCCUAAUCUCCCGUGGGAAAGGAAGACCAGACUCAGGUGUUUAUGUAGAGGACAUGGGAGACACCAGUACCCAGAAGCUGUAUGCUGGACUUCUGGGAGUGGGUGAUGAGAUCCUGGAAGUGAAUGGGGAGAAGGUAGCAGGGUUGAGUUUGGACUUGGUCACCCAACUGAUGAUCCAGAACAAUACAGCGUCCAUCCGUUUGCUGCGACACCGAUCGCCUAAACGCUAACACUCCGGAGGAAGGCAGGAUGUGGUGUGGGUUCUGAUUUUCUGAUCAUAAACACUGAGGUUUUGCCUGUUCUUUUAUUAGUAGGCAGAGUUUUAUCGCUGACGUCACACUCGAGUGAAUUCCAGGACCAGUUUGUGGCUUGCGGUCUUAUGAGAAAUUACAAGGGUUUUUUUUCCGCAGUACUAAAACACAUCUAAAGCCAUGUUCCUCUUUUCUGACUGCAUUCUGAAAAAGUGCACAAAACAGUUGCCUAAAAUAUUAGUACACAGCUCAAAGACUGCCUUUUUUUCCUUCUUAGUGGAUUUCACACAGAUUUUGGAUUUGUGGAGGCACUUUAACAUAAAAUUCAACAGUUUUCAAUCUUCUUCCAAGAACAAACCAUUUCAGCAAAGUUUACACUGCUCAAAUCUGCACCAACUGAAAUGAAUUUUUGAGGUUUUGGGACACUUAUCCUUUCUAGCCAGGUGUGGUUCUUCCUCAAAAACCAAGUUGAAGGUUCAUAAUAGGGGGUCUUUAAUCCCUACACUUGAACUAGGAAACCGAAACCUAUUCCGGCAUGGCAAUGCCUCUGUGCACCAUGAAGAAAUGCUUUACAUGGAGUGGGAGGAGUGGAAGAUCUCCUGCUAUGGAGCUCUGACCUCAACCCUACUGAACACCUUUGGAAUGAACUGGAACAAUGUCUGCACCCCAGGCCUCCUCAAUUCAGCUACAUUGCUCUUAUAGAAGCCUCAACUUUUCUGGGACGAUGUUCCACUAGAAUUUGGAGUGUUGUUGUAGAACAUUAUGAUUAUUCAGCCACCCUUUCUUAAACUUUUUACCACAACAUUCCACAUUUCAUUUCUAUUUGCUGUUAUAAUAACAUCCACUCUUCUGGGAAGAUGUUCCUCUAGAUUGUGUGGAGAUUUGUGGAGAUUCAUUCAGCCACAACGGUGUUAAAUUAGGUACUGAUGUUGGUGAGGAGGUUUUUGGGUUCAAUCAAUGUUCCAGUUCAUCCAAAAGGUGUUUUGUAGGAUUGAGGAGGUCAGAGCUCUGUGCCGGACCCUUGAGUUCUUUCACUCCACACCAUAAAGCACAAUGAAGCUCUUGUGUACAAGUGAGUGCUUCUAACUUUUGAAAAUUCAACAAAGGCUGAAAUACGAGGUGGUAUCAAAAAUUUGAGACUAGUUUUGUAACACGCCAACAGAGAGCAGCACAAGGCUGCACGCACAAUCACGGGGAGCACCGACCUCAAUAAGUCAGUGUGCCAAAAGAUAUCGUCCUAACGGGAGGUGUGCAACGGGAUCAAUUCUUACCACAUGCGUUACCAAGUCUGCUAGUCUGUUUACAUGCCCACUCUGUUACAGAGCUUUCCUCACAUGGGAGUUUCUCGCCAGAAACAUGAUCUCAUGUCCGCACCCACUCAUGUCAUGACAAGUCUCAACAUCCUUUACUCAAGUAGAAGUACAGAUACUCAUGUUUUAAAAUACUAUUGAAGUUCUGACUAAAAAAUCUUCAAAUGUUGUUCACUAAUGAAUGUAUCCAGGCUGAACAUCCACCAUAUAGAACCCAAGCAGAGAAAAGAUGAUGAUGAUCAGGUGAUCAGGAAUGUCUCUGUUCUCAGUCAUGUUUACAUCACUGACUCCCUCUGUCUCAUCCACCUUAUAUAUAUAUAAUUCUAUAAUUCUUGUUGCCUCAAUUUUAGCUUCGUAGGCUAGCUUACGUCUGUGGUGUGUGAUAGCCAAAAAUACACCAGUAUUAGAUUCAAAAAGUUGAGCAAUUAACAGACAUAGGUUGAGGGACUGAAAAAAUAUCAAUCAUGUCACCAAAUAGAUUAAAACUAAAGUAACGAGCCUGGUUUAAAAAUGUAAAUUACUGAUGCCAGAAAAAUUUACAGUAUUGAAGUAUUUGUACUCCAUUACUUCCUGUCUCUGGCAAGGGGACUACUUUCUUGCAAACAAAGCUAGUCUCAGAACCUUUGAAUACCACCUCGUAUGGGUGGCUGGAUGAACAUGAAGCUUUACAACCACACUCAAAAAUCUAGUGGAACAUCUUCCCAGAAGAGUGGAGAACACUACGUGGAUAUAGUGUAUAUUCUUUCAGUCUAUACAGGGUAUUUGCUAUGAUAUUUUCUAUGAUAAUUUUCAGACCAAAAAAACCCGAGAUCAUACUGAACUCACCAUAAUGCAUGCACUAGUCAUCUACAUUUCACUGUUUGCUGCUGUAGGUGGUGGAAAAAUAAUAAUUUGGGCAAUAAACAGUGAGUCUUGGAAGUUGGGACCAAACACCCGCUGAGUUCAGUUUGCAUGUAGUUAAGAGGUGUGCGCUUGGCUAAUUUUUAAUCCGAUUGAUUUCUGUUCCUAUUCGAAAUCUUUCUGCAGUUAAUUUUGUUGUACCUUAAGGCCAAAUAAAGUUCUCAAGCAGAGCAAAUUUGCUGUGUGAAAAAAUAAAUAAAAACUAUUUUGAAGCCAAGGGGUUGAACAUCACUAUCCAAUCACUAUCCGAUUCCACUUAGCAUGUACUUGCUAGCUCACUGAGACUGAUCCGGACUCAAAAUUUCAGCAUGGCCCCUCAGACACUGUAGAUUUCAUUGAAUAGAUCCUGGAAAGUUUAUUUUGAUUCUGCCUAGUAAAAAUCAGGCGACUAAUAUACACAAGGUUUCGCAAAAUACAAAGAAAACAAUGUACCUUGAGUGUGCGGUUGCUAGUUGUUCAUUUUUUCUUCAUUUCUGAUUUACACAAUACAUAUAAGGCUUACACCAAUGCAAAAUUAAAUACCAAAAAAAGUAUUAUAUCUGGGGGUUUUCAAAGGUUUUGAACGCAAUAUAAAAACUGGUAGCUGAAACAGUGCUGUAGUACUCGCUCCAGGCUCCAUUUUGCAUUGUGGCAACAGUAUUAUUGAACAUGCACCAUAAAUCAGUGGCUGCCUUUCAUUUCAUUGUGUUUUCUUGUCUGUAUUUAUAUUUACCGUUUUACGAAAUAAAAAUGAACUGUG